CCGGAUACUUUGCUUAUAUUAUCCAUACACAAAAUUUAAUCGAUUUGAUAAUCGUAACCUAUUCAAUUUAUCACGUUUAUUAUAAAAACAAAUUAAUUGUUUAUUUUUAAAAAUACAAUUAUUAUCUCUUUUUUUUGUGACAAAAACAAUAAAUUAAAUGUUACAAAUAUCGGGUUAAUUUUUUGUAAAUGAUAUAUACGAAGUGCUAGAUAAAAUAAAUGAUUUGAAUAAUUAAAACAAAAUCCACAACAAACCUCACUAAAUCCGAAUAGCGCCCUCCAAUCUCCACAUCUAAGAAAAAAAUUUCCACUGAAAUAAACUGAAUAAAAGAAUCAAAAUCAUGAAAAGUGAAAAAACUGAUGACGAGGUAAGCAUUUCCUGAAAUAACCACAGAUUUUAGUGUUUUCCAAUGGGGGACGCUGCUGAUUCAAAUAUCAUGAAAGGAGUUUUAAAUCUUAGAUUCUUGUUUUUCUUGUGUAUAUAAGUAGGCCAUAUUGCUCAUUGGUCUUUCACUGGAAACAAGUAAGCAGAGAGAGAGAGAGACAGAAAUGGGUGAGGAAACAGAGACAACAUGUGGGAAGAGGUUAGAGGGAGUGUGGAAAAAGGGAAAACCAUAUGUGAUGAUGGUAGGAUUGCAGUGUGGGGCAGCUGGGAUGUUCAUCAUUACUGACGCAACACUGAAACAAGGAAUGAGCCGUUACGUACUCAUUGUCUACCGCAAUGCCUUCGCUGCUAUCACCCUCGCUCCUUUUGCCUUCUUUUUUGAAAGGAAAAUAAGGCCAAAGAUGACAAUUUCAAUCUUCUGGAAGAUAAUGGUCCUCGCUAUUCUAGAGCCACUACUUGAUCAGAAUUUAUCAUUCUUGGGGAUGAACUUGACGUCAGCAUCCUAUACUACUGCCAUUAUGAACGCCGUUCCUGCUGUUACCUUUCUCAUCGCCGUUAUUCUCCGAUUAGAGAGAGUAAAGAUCAAAGAAGUGAGAAGUCAAGCAAAGGUAUUAGGAACCAUAGUAACAUUUGGAGGAGCACUAGCAAUGACAUUGUACAAAGGCCCCAUCAUCAAUCUUUUUUGGUCCCCCAAAACCAGCCAUAUUGCACUCUCCAAUGACUCCUCUGAUAAACACUGGCUCUCUGGUACUCUCUGUCUCCUUGUUGGCUGUGUUGCUUGGUCUUGUUUCUUCAUUUUGCAAUCGAUAACAGUGAAUAAAUACCCAGCAGAGCUGUCUUUGGCGUUUUGGAUAUGUCUGAUGGGCACAGUACUGAGCGCGGCGUUGACCCUCGUGGCAGAACGUCAUCCCGGUGUUUGGGCAGUUGGCUGGGACUCUAGGCUCCUUGCUCCUGUUUAUUCGGGAGUGAUUAGCUCCGGAAUCACAUAUUACGUUCAAGGGCUUGUGAUGAAGACAAGAGGACCGGUGUUCGUUACUGCUUUCAACCCUCUUUGCAUGAUCAUUGUAGCAGUACUGGGUUCUAUCAUUUUAGCCGAAAAACUUCACCUUGGAAGCAUAAUUGGAGCCAUCAUCAUCACGGUCGGCCUAUACGCGGUCGUUUGGGGUAAAAGCAAGGAUCAUGUUGCUCCCACACUAUUGACCGAUGACAAGGAUGAUGUCGGAGAACUGCCAAUUGCCACCACCACCGGAGUUGCUAAACUGGCUGCCGGAGGAAAAAACAACCACAAACUCGCUGGAGACUUGGAUGAUCAAGCAAAGUUGUAUGUAAUACGUACAAGCGGCUAAUUUUUCUUAAUUUGCACCUUUUAAACACUAGUUUGAAGCUAGUAAGGUUUAAAUUUGAAUCCUUUGUUAUGACAUACUGAUCGUGAAUAAAUAUUACUACUAUAAUGGCUUCGAGGUUAACCUAA